GGACCAUACAAAUGCAGCGGUUGUGAUCAUUGGCGCGGGCAUCUCUGGCAUGUGCAUGGCCAUUGAUCUGAUCAAGCGCAACAAGUGCCACAACUUCAUCAUCGUCGAGAAGUCGACGAGCAUCGGCGGGACGUGGCAUGACAACAAGUACCCUGGCUGCUGCUGCGAUGUGUGGAGCAUGCUGUACUCGUACUCGUUUGAGCAGAAUCCGGACUGGACGCGCGAGUACCCGGGGCAGGAGGAGAUUCUUGACUAUCUGAGGGCCGUGGCGAACAAGUAUCAGCUCUACAAGUACAUCCGCUUCAACACGUCUGUCGAAGCUGCGACGUGGGACGACAGCAAGUCGCGCUGGAAGGUGGACGUCAAGGUCACUGGGGGCAAAGACGCCGAGUUCAGCUCGGGAUACUCCAUCGAGAGUGACUUUUUGAUUUCUGCCGUUGGACAACUCAACCAGCCCAGAUAUCCCGACAUCGAGGGGCUCCAGGACUUCAAGGGCAAGAUCAUCCACAGCGCAAGGUGGGACUGGAGCUAUGACAUGGCAGACAAAAAGAUUGGCAUCAUCGGCAACGGAGCAACCGCCGCCCAAAUCAUCCCCGAGAUCCUCCCCGUCUCCAGAGACGUCACCGUCUACCAACGCUCCCCCAACUGGGUCAUCCCUCGCGAAGACGGCCCCGUCUCCGACCUCCGUCGUGCCGUCUACCGCUACCUGCCCCCCGUGCGCUGGCGCAAGCGAGCCGGCAUGAUGGACUUCCGCGAAUCCUUCCACGACGCGGUGACAGACGGCGACUCGGCCUUUGCAGACACGCUGCGCACGCUCUGCCAGGACAUGAUGCGCAAGCAGAUCCCCGACCAGCCCGACGUGUGGGAGAAGCUGACGCCCACGUACAACCCGGGAUGCAAGCGCGUCAUCAUCAGCGACGACUACUAUCCCGCGCUCGCAUCGCCCAAGACGACGCUCGAAACCAACGCCAUUGCACGCAUCACUGCGACCGGCAUCGAGCUCGCCAACGGCCAGCACCACGAGCACGACAUGAUCGUCCUCGCCACGGGCUUCCGAACCGUCGAAUUCCUCUCCCCCAUCAGCAUAACCGGGACCCACGCCCGCUCGCUGCGCGACCUGUGGUCCGACGGCGCGCACGCCCUGUACGGCACCACGGUCCCCUCGCUCCCCAACUUUGGCAUGUUCUACGGACCCAACACAAACCUGGGCCACAACAGCAUCAUCCUGAUGAUCGAGGCGCAGAGUAGGUAUCUCAACACGCUCGUCGCCGCCGUGCUGGACGCGCGCACCCGCAACACCCGCCUGGGUCUGAUGCCCAAGCGCCCCGUCACCGACGCGUUCAACGAUAAAAUUCAAGCCAUCCUGCAGAAGAGCUCGUUUGCGGACCCGAACUGCGGCUCCUGGUAUAAAAACGCCGAGGGCAGGAUUACUAAUAAUUGGUCUGGCACUGUCGUCGAGUACCAGGAUAUGCUGAGCCGUGUCGACUGGGACGAUUUCGAGACGACCGACUCGCUAGGCGGGCAGAGGAGUGCGUCAAAGGUUGUGUUUGGCGGGGGAAAGAGGGAGAGCAGGAUUGGACGCGUGCGAGAGGAGACGCUGGUUAGUAACUCGGCGCUGGUGUUGGGCGUUGUGAGUGCGCUUGUUGCGGGGGGUGCGGCGUGGUAUGCGGGUGUGGGGCGCAGGGUGAGGUCUGCGCGGUAGAGACUGGAUGUGGGGGUUCUGCGUGCAAGUAGCGCAGGUAUAAUGGCAUGAAUGCGUUGUUCCGAUCGCUGGCAGAUGAGUAUGGCUGUGCUGUGUUGCGGAAUCACCGGGUACUCGUUGUCCGAGGAGGUUAUUGUGUUAGCGUGCGCGCCGUAAGUUGGAU